AUGACGUCACUAAUGAAUACCAAUGACACAGUGGUGUGGGCUUAUGACGAGGGUUUCCCGCUCUUGAUGCCACGUUGGGGCUACGUCGUGUCCGCGUUUGUGCUGUUCUUGAUUGGGUUUUUUGGAUUCUUCCUGAACUUAAUGGUUAUAUUGCUAAUGUUCAAAGAUAGACAGUUGUGGACGCCUCUGAACAUCAUCCUCUUCAAUCUGGUGUGCUCAGACUUCUCUGUGUCAGUGUUGGGGAAUCCCCUAACCUUGAUAUCAGCCCUCUUCCAUCGGUGGGUGUUUGGCAAGACCAUGUGUGUUCUUUAUGGAUUCUUUAUGGCUCUAUUAGGUAUAACGUCAAUAACGACGCUCACAGUUAUAUCCUUCGAGCGGUAUUUGAUGGUGACAAGACCACUACGAUCGAGGCAUCUGAGCACCAAAAGUGCAGCCAUGUCUGUCAUUUUCAUUUGGACGUACUCCUUGGCUCUCACCACUCCACCCUUGAUGGGCUGGGGGAACUACGUCAAUGAAGCUGCUAACAUCAGGUAUGCCAACUUUCCACCUGUAGAGGGCCUUUUGCCUGCAUUUGAUUAUCUCUCUAUUUUAUAA